ACUUUUUCUGUGCUUCAGAGUUGGGCUGAUUUUAUUGGCUCUGUACCGACCUGUUGCUUAGGGACAUUAUGUUCUCAUUACAUUUGAAUGACAUUUGAAUUAAAACUCAGUCAUUUUAGGGUUGUGGUUUGAAGAGGAUUCCUCCUAUACAUCAAACACACCCACGUGCAUGUCACAGUCUAAAUAGAUCCACAGUGUCACCUGAUAAUGUAGCAGAGAGAGAGGUAGGCUGCCAGGUCAACUCUGUUUAUCAGAACGUCAGAGGAGGAGAGAAGUGAGUGAUGAAAGAAGAUAGAGAGCUGAGAUGACAGCUGGCUGAUGGAGGGAGAGAUAGAGGUCUGGAGGCUACGUGUGAGGGAGAAAUGAGAAACAUCAGUAGCUGCAACAAGCUAAACCCAGACAGACAGAACAAGACACAACAGAGUAUGGCAGAAACCCCAGCAGAGCCUCAGAUUGACUGUGAGCUGCAGCCCCCAUCUAAUACCUUUUCUGAGCCUCAGCUCCAGUCCCAACUACAUCCUCUCUCUGAGCCCCAGCCACUACCCCAGCCUUGGCCCCAGCCCCUACCCCAGCCRGAUAGCCUUCAUGAGCCCCAGCCUGAUACCCUCCCUGAGCCCCAGCCCCAGUCUGAAGAGGAGGUGAAGCCCUGGAUGUGGACACGUCACCGCGUACUCCUUCKCUUCCUCCUGACAUCCUCCUUCUGCGCCUCCAUAGUGGGCCUGGCCUACUACUCCCAGCAGCACCUCCCACCAGAGAGCACACCGCCAGCCUCUCCUCCAUGUACCUCCCCGGCUUGUCAGAGGGCUACCGCCCGUCUUUCCAUCUCAGUCGACCCCUUCUCUCAGCCCUGUGACUACUUCCUGUUUCCCUGUGGGUCUGAAGGGGCGUCUCUGUCCAACAGGGGGAGACAGAGGGGCAAGGGCAUCCCCCUACACCCACAGGGCCACAAGAGCAGGGCAGCACAGGCAGAGAAAGAUAGAGAAAGAGGGAGGAAGGAGAGAGAGACAGGCACGGACAUAGUAGAAAAGGCUCCAGCAGACAGAAUGCCAGACAGACAGACUGCACUACUGCUGACAAUGAGGGAGAUUUUGGCUGAGGACCGCUCCAGCCCGGGUAACUCAGCGAAGCAGAAGGCCUGUAUGUUCUAAAAACCGUUUCCUG